AUCCUGAAGUGCCAAGGCAUCAACUUGAGUCGCAAGGGUGAGAUCUGCAUUAUCCAGGUAGCUACCAGGACUGGAGCCGUCUACCUCUUUGACAUUACCACUUUGGGUGAAACUGCAUUUUCCGGCGGACUGAAGGACGUGCUGGAGAGCACGCCCAUCAUCAAGCUACUCUAUGACUGCCGCAACGAUGCUGAUGCUUUGCGCCACAUCCAUGGAGUUCAGCUCUCGAACGUGUUAGACAUGCAGGUGCUCUUCAUGCACCAUUCUGGCCAGCGCUCAGGGCAGCUUCCUGGCAUGGCCAAAGCGCUGGGGCAAAUCUUGUCCUACGAAGAGCAUCAGGUGGCCAAGGGACUGAAAGCGGCGGGGGCGAGAAUGUUCGCGCCGGAGAAGGGCGGCAAGAUGAAGGUUUGGAAGCUUCGGCCGCUGCCUCCGCUUCUGGUGCGAUAUUGCUCUCAGGAUGUCCAGCACCUGUUUAGCAUGUGGGAUGCCUGGGAUUCGCUGGCGCACUCUGAGCUGCGCCAGCUCUCCGAAGAGCGACUGCGGAAGCGGAUCGAAGGGCCCAGUUCCCCAGAGAGUCCCUGGCUGGUCGACUUUGAUCUGCCCCCAGCGGCAAAGCGGCGGAAAGCUGCAAGCUGA